AUGCUACUCUACAAAUGCACUUCCUGCCAGGAAAUUAUUGAGGCUACCAAAGCACGCUUAACAUGUAGCACUUGCUCACCACCACCCAUCAUCCUGUGUACCAACUGCUACGUCGUGCAAGACUAUCCCCCGCAGCAUCCAGAUGGUGCCUCACAUUCUUUCUCAGUAUACCAGCACAGCGGUUAUCUCCCAGUUCCGCCUCCACGAGUACGAACCCAGUCUAUCGGCGGCAUGUAUAAAGCCGCGCCUGCCCCUCCACAACGAAGGCCUGUUCCUACUGUUCCAAAUACCGAAGUGCCGCCCAGGAAGCCUCCUCGCCCGAGCAAGCAGCCAGAAGUCGAACCUGAACCAGGUGCUGGUGAAGAGGCGUCAACACCGUUACCACCAGGUUCGCAGCAGCAAUGCACCGAGAAAGAUCGUGAACAACAACAACAGCAACAACAGCAACCUCAGCAACCAUAUCAACCUUCUGGGUGGACCUAUUUUUUCAACCAAGAUAUGAAACCUACUCCUUGCUUCUCUGCCCUAAUUAAAGAAUUCUUCUACCAUCUGGACCCAAAACCCACCAGCCUCCUUAGUCCGGAGACCUGCUCAGAGUACAUCGACGCCUGUGGUGCAGCCCUGAGCCAUAAUAUUUGGAAAGCCAGCCGUGCCAAAAACCCCCGAGGCUACGACGUGGCCGACCGCGAACUAGCCGACCAUUACACCUCCUAUGGCAUCGACUUCGUCCUACACCCCCGAACCCCAGUAUCAACACCCACAGGACCCCCCUUUAACCCUCUCUCAAUCUUUUCAAACUCCCAACCCGUCAUAAUGGAACACAUCCUGUCCUCAGUCCCCUCCGUAUCCGGAAACCAAAAACCUAUGCUUACUCUCCAUGGCUGGACAAGCCUGACCAUCUGCGGUGCCCUGAUUAACCCGUCCGGGUAA